CUAAGCUCGAAGACCACUGCACUUCUGCAAUAGCAGUCAACAGCAUUCUCGAAGGCUACGACGAUGUUGUUCACCAGGGGGAUCUUACCAGGCACCGAGAAGACCGACUAUAAGGGGUAAAUGUGUGCUUUGAGCACCCUGAGAGCACUGUGAGGGAACGUGCCUUUGUUCGCCUUGCCAAAGCACUCUCCAGUUUGACCUUCCAACCCAGUGUCGACCAGUAUCAAGACCCCUUCAAGAUGGGAUUCACUCCAGUCACAACAGAGGCACUGGUGGUGCUUGAGCCGCACACAGGGUUUCAAAGACUACCGAUCAUUCUGAACGAAAUGCGCGACAAUGAGGUCUUGGUUGAAGUUUUGUACUCGGGAAUAUGUCAUACAGAUAUUGUGGGCGAGGAUGGCGGGUUCCCUCCCGUCCACUACCCAGCAAUCUUCGGUCACGAAGGUGCAGGUAUCAUCCGGCAGCUCGGGUCCGCGGUAAAGGACAAGUCGCUCGCUGUAGGCAACUCGGUGAUCUUGUCAUUCAACUCAUGCGGAUCCUGCAAAUCGUGCGAGACCGGUUUUCCAGGAUCAUGUUUCUCGCACACACCUCUAAAUCAGCACUCGGGCAGGAUCGAUCAGACCCAUCUUGCAACGCUUGAAGAUGGGGUGACCGUCUCGAGUCAAUUCUUCGGGCAAUCCUCCUUUGCGAGAAUGACCGUCGUCUCGGAGCGGUGUGUGGUGAAAUGCCCAUAUCCAGAAUCACUGUCCAUUUAUCCUGGUCUCGGGUGUGGCUUCCAGACUGGUGCGGGUACAAUCUUGAACGCCCUCAAGCCGAAACCCGAAGACACUGUUGCCGUGUUUGGCCUGGGAAGCGUCGGGAUGGCGGCCGUUAUGGCCACCAAGUAUGCGGGCAUUCAGAAGGUCAUUGGCAUUGAUCUUAUGGACUCGAAAAUCGAGCUUGCUAAGCAGUUUGGCGCCACGCAUACGAUUAACCCGAGGACAACACCUGAUGUUGUCAAAGAGAUACACAGCCUCACCAACGGCUCAGGCGUCGACUAUCUCAUUGAGUGCACUGGGUCGACGAAAGUGUAUGACAAUCUGGUCGAUUUUCUGAGUUGUAGAGGGAUUGUUGCUCUUGUGGGCGUUCCUCCGGUCGGACACGAUUUGAAGCUUGAUACGACUAGGAUGCUCCUGGAGAACAAGGUCGUUCGAGGCGUAGUGCAGGGCGACUCUGUUGCUCAAAAGGUAUGUGCAGGAGCUCUUUGAUAAAUAUACGUUGACAACUAAUUUCCACAGUUCAUUCCCGAAAUGAUUGAAAUGCACCGUGCUGGUCAUUUUCCCAUAGAUAAGAUAUGUACUAUCUACCCCGUCGAGCACCUGGAACAGGCCUUGGAGGACAUCCAUACGGGAAAGGUAUGUGCAGACACAAAGAUCCGGUUUUGAGAUCAUCACGUAUUGAUACGCCGAUUAUAUAGGUCAUCAAAGC